AGAAAGCCAUUGCUGAAGAGCAGCAACGUCUGCUUCUCUCCCUCAGAAUGCAACUUUGAUUUUUGUGUUGUGUUAGUCAAGACUACGUCUGAGAAACACUGACAUGGCAGCUGCCUGCAGUCUGGUAUCUGAAGAUCAGUUCCUGUGCUCCAUCUGUCUGGAUGUGUUCACUGAUCCAGUCACCAUUCCAUGUGGACACAACUUCUGCAAGAACUGCAUCACACAACACUGGACUGUCAAUGUCCAGAACAAGUGUCCCAUGUGUGCAGAUGUCUUUGACAGAAGACCUGAGCUGCGGGUCAACACUUUCAUAUCUGUUAUGGCCGAUCAGUUCAGACAGUCAGCUGUACAGGAAGCCAGCAGCAGCUCAGAGCAACAGGCUGCAAAAACAGCAGAAGUUCUGUGUGACGUCUGCACUGACACCAGACUGAAGGCUGUGAAGUCCUGCCUGGUGUGUCUGACCUCCUACUGUGAGACUCAUCUGGAGCCUCAUCACAGAGUUCCAGGUCUGAAAAGACAUCAGCUGAUGGGUCCAGUGAAGAACCUGGAAGACAGACUGUGUAAGAAGCAUGACAGACCUCUGGAGCUGUUCUGUCAGACUGAUCAGGUGUGUGUUUGUCAGUUCUGCACUGAGUCAGACCACAAGAGGCAUGCUACUAUUCCUCUGAUUAAAGAGUAUCAGCGACAGAAAGCUGAGCUGCAGAAGACAGAAGCUGGAAUACAGCAGAUGAUUGAGGAGAGACGACUGAAGAUGGAUCAGAUCAGAGAGUCAGUGAAGCUCAGUAAGGAGGAGGCAGACAGAGAGACAGCAGCCAGUGUGCAGGUCUUCACUGCUCUGAUCCAGUCUGUAGAGAGAGGUCUGGCUCAGCUCACCCACAUGAUCGAAGAGAAGCAGAAAAGCAUCGAGGAGCAGGCUGAAGGCUUCAUCAAGGAGCUGGAAGAGGAAAUCUGUGAGCUGAUGAAGAGAAGCUCUGAGGUGGAGCAGCUUUCACACACUGAAGACCAGCUCCUCUUCCUCCAAAGCUUCCUGUCCCUGAACGCUGCUCCUCCCACCAAAGACUGGACGGAGGUCAGAGUUCACUCUUCAUAUGAGGGGACUGUGAGGAGAGCUGUGGCUCAGCUGGAAGAGACGCUCAGUGAACAGAUAAAGAAACUCUGUGCUGAAGUGGAGCUGAAGAGAGUCCAGCAGUUUGCAGUGGAUGUGACUCUGGAUCCCGACACUGCAAGUCCCUAUCUCACGCUGUCUGAGGAUGGGAAACAAGUUCAGUGUGGUGAAAUUCAACAGCCUGUGCCAGAUAACCCAAAGAGAUUUUCCGUCUGCAAUGGUGUCUUAGGAAAGCAGACGUUCUCUUCAGGCAGAUUUUACUUUGAAGUUCAAGUCAGAGGGAAGACUGAGUGGGAUUUAGGAGUGGUCAGAGAGUCCAUCAGCAGGAGGGGGAAAAUCCGAUUGUCCCCUAACAAUGGCUUCUGGACGAUAUGGUUGAGAAAUGGAAAUCAGUACAAAGCUCUUGCUGGUCCAGGUAUCCUUCUGUCUCUGAGGUCACAGCCUGAGAAGGUGGGGGUGUUCGUGGACCAUGAGGAGGGUCUAGUUUCCUUUUAUGAUGUGGAUGCAGCAGCUCUCAUCUACUCCUUUGUUGGCUGCAACUUCACCGAGAGUCUCUGCCCAUACUUCAGUCCCUGCUGUGAUAAUGGUGGCAUAAACACUGCACCCAUGAUCCUCCUGCAUCCACGCCACACAAAUUAGACUCAUUAUUUGAUUACCUUUGCAUGUAUUCAAAACUCGUUAGUAGUGGCACACUGUACAAUAACAAAAAAACUGAGCAAGAGGGUCAGAAGAAAAAUAUAUAAAAAAAGAUAUGAAAUACUGUAAUGUUCAAAUGUUUUUUGUUUUUUUCUUUUACAGUGCACCAAAAGUCUAAAUCAUAGUCUCACCUUACUGGCCAUCAAUAACAAGGUACAAAGAUAGUCUGUGCUCCUGGUUGCAGUGAGAGAAAUUGUAAAAACAACUUAAGGGACUGAAUUUAAUUCUAACCUUUGAUAUAGUUUUGAAAGGUUUUCAACAAACCCACUACAAUUUAAUGUAACGUGUUAACGACACAUGAUUGUGACCAGUCUGUUUUCUCAAACUACAAAAAAAGAGUUGCAGGUGUCACACAGAAGUGAGUGUUAACAUAAUUCCUGUGUUAGUCCCAUCAGAUUUCAGCCAUGUAAUGUUUGAUGCUGUAUGAUCUGUUGCCACUUUGAUGUCUGUUAAGUUUGAUGUUCAAAUGUUGUCUUUAUACCGGAUAGAGUAAAAUUCAUUUCUGACUGAACACUUGUACAUGCAGGUCUACUGUGGCACGUUGUAGAUACUGUGGUACCACUGCAUGUAGCACAGCUCAUAAAACACCACAGUAUCUGCUGAAACUCAGUGUAGUACCAGACUUCCUUUAGCUGUGUUUAAUGGUAGUACUGUACAUUCUUUUAUAGGGAAUAUUCCUUAGGACAUACUUGGACAACAGUCUUAUGACAUUUGUGAUGCCAUACAGGCCUAUGACAGAUAUCGGUACACACACUAUGGUACAUAGUCAAGUUUUAUUUUGCAAUAACAGACACAAAACACAUCAGCCACAAACAACAGCUGCUGUUCAAAGCCUUAACGCUGCUACUCAUUAGGGGUCAACUGAUUAUCGGCUCAAAUAUGCAGCAUUUUUCUGAUUUGUGACAUUCAGUGUUUUUUUUGUUUUUUUCCCCUGACAGAUUACCAAUAAAAUAAUUCCAAAAUGUU